CCUUUGUUACCUUUCUGCAGUCUGUUUAACUUCCCUUACCUAGCUUACAUUUUCUCAACCAAAUUUCAAUCCAUAUUUUCUUUGCCAUUUUCUCAGCCAUGUCAACCUCUAAAAAAACAACAUCAGAUUCAUCUUUCAAAGGAUAUCAUGAAACAAACCAAACACAAAUGUGUCUAUCAUCACUUAUCCUUCAAAGGAACAAUAACACAUUACCAAAUGGUGAAAAAAGAGGAAGAAGAAAACAAACAGAACCAGGUAGGUUUCUUGGUGUUAGAAGAAGACCUUGGGGUAGAUAUGCUGCUGAAAUUAGAGACCCUACAACUAAAGAAAGACAUUGGUUAGGUACUUUUGAUACUGCUCAAGAAGCUGCUCUUGCUUAUGAUAGAGCUGCUAUUUCCAUGAAAGGAAAUCAAGCUAGAACAAAUUUCAUUUACUCUGAUACUAUCAAUUUUCAUACACUUGUUUCUUCUCCUUUAGAUCUUCAAGUUCAAGUUCAACAUACUCUUUUGCCAUCUUCACAAGAAACCAAUCAAAAUAGUACACUUUUUCAGCUUAACACUCCACACACUACUAGUAGAAAUGAUCAAAACUCUUUCUCAUUGAACAAUAGUAGUACUUUUGAUCAUGAAAAAACAGAAAAUGAAUCAUCAACUCAUCAUGAUGAAAAUUUCUUUUUUACUAAUGAGACUAAAAACAACUCUGGUUAUCUUGAAUGCAUAGUUCCUGAUAACUGUUUGAGAAACACUUCAAAUGAUCAAAAAGUUAGCAACAAUGGUGAAAGCAACAGAUUUUUGAUGGAGGGUGAAUCACAUUUUGGUAUGGCUUCAUUCUCUGAAGAAAUGCCAACAAGGGUUUCUAGCUUUUCAGAGUUUUCUUGUUAUCCAAGUGAAAUUAGUGAAGGUUUCUUGGAUUGGAAUUCUAAUGAACUUUCAGCUAUAUUUAACAAUAAUCCGUUAAGAGUUGAAGAUGAAUGCAUGGAUACAUUGUAUCCUAAUUAUCCCAUCAUUGAAAAUCUAAGUCCAAGCUAUGUUAUGAUGAAUGACCAAUCUACUUCUUCAACUAACUAUUCUCCAUCACUUGAAUUUGGUUACCCUCUCUUUUGAGCUCUCUAAAAUCUAGAUGAGGUGCAUUUGCAUAUACUUGCAUUGUGUAUUGUAUUGCAUUGCAUGCACAAGUACUUUUUUUGUUUAUGUUUAUGUGUUUGUAGUAACUUUAGUAAGUAAGCCUUUUCUACUCUUGUUCUAAUGAAAUU